AUCUUCAUAACCACUGCUUCCAUCUUCGUCGCAUGCAAGAGGGCAUCCUUGCCAUCAUCAUAAAUCGUUGUCUGAGAUAGUAACAACAAUGAUUCCAAGAAUUUUUUUAUUUUCCCUGUGGUUACCUCUGGUUCAGCUGCCCGCAGCCGUGGCAUUUUCUUCCAUUGAUCUGCCUCUCAACAGGAGACUCGCGCCAAAACACAAUGUACUACCAGUUCUGACACUCCGUGGAGGCAGUGAGCAAGAGGUUUCCAACAAUGAUUCAUCGACAACCUCAAUAUCAUUGAGCCAAAACACCUUGUCGGCUGUAUUUCUUGCGGGAGCACAGCUCUAUUCGCAAUCUCUGGAAAAGAAUCCAAUCAUCACAAAGUCCGUCACGGCUGGCUUAAUCUUUGCCGUUUCGGACUUGAUUGCACAAGGCAUAGAACGAAGUGCCGACAAGAAAAAGCCACACGACAAAAAGCGCACAUUUGCAGCAUCCCUGGUCGGAUUACUAUACUUUGGACCUGCAGCACAUUUUUGGUACGACAACAUCUUCAAGCUGUUUCCAGGAACAUCUCUCUUUUCAACCUUGCAGAAAGCAGCCAUGGGACAAAUGUUCUUUGGGCCAUCUUUCACCUGCAUCUUUUUUGCAACUAGUCUAUUGCAAUCGGGAAACUUCAGUUUGGGGAACUGGUUCCGCAAAAUCAAGUCUGAUUUAGCGGGAGCAUGGUUGGCUGGGGUUGGCUAUUGGCCUUUGGUAGACCUCAUCAGCUUCUCCGUGAUACCCAUGCGAUGGAUUCCACUCUUUGUCAACGUUUGCUCACUGAUAUGGAAUAUUUACCUAUCCAUUGUGGCUAAUCGAAAGACCAAGGGCGCAGUCGCCUAGCUAGCUAGCAAAAUGUAUGUACAAUAGCCAAAGGAAGAUACCAAAUAGUCAUAUGGAAUAGAAUAUCUCUGAUAGCUUUUCG